UCCCAAGCUUCUCAUUCCGGAAAAUUCCCUCAGCUCUGAAAACCUGGAGAACGCUUCCGGUUCCGGCAUGUGAUGCCGCCGCUCCCCGAUUGAUCAGUCCGUGCAAGUUUCCGGAUCAAAAUGGAUUUGGCUGUGGGUGAUAAAGGACCUGCAGUACUUCAGUUGCUCAAAUGGGGCUCUUCUCAGCCCCAGCUAAACUUGUCGGAAUUUCGUGAAGCUUACAUUUCACCUACAAGACAGUUAUUAUUGUUGCUUUCAUAUCAGUGUGAGGCUUUAUUGUUUCCUCUGAUUACAGGGGUCUCUACAGGUAGUAACAAUUUGGAGAGUAAUUUUGGUGAAAGUCUUAAAAGUACAGAGACAGAGCAUGGUAGGUCAGAUUUAACAAGGGAUGAUUUGCCGUGCACAUCUGGAUCAGUAGGAGAUGUUGAUAAUGAUUUGAGUUUUGGAGGGGAUAGUUUAAGAUCUGAAAGUAACCCAUUUGUUGGUGAUGUUAACUCUCUGGCUUGGGGCAUUUGUGAGGACACUUAUAAUCAGCACCAGGAUUCUUUAUUUAGAGAACUUUUGUUUGUUUGUGGCAAGCAAGGUAUUAUGGUCCAUGCUUUUGUUGAAUCCACCGGAAACACUACAAUUACCAGCGAUGCACGGGAAGGUAGGUAUAGGCAAGGGAGGUGGGUUGAGUGGGGGCCUUCUGCUUCUGUAGUUGGAAAUAUGGAGUUGGAGGAACCUACAAGCUUGAGUUCUGAAGCCACUGGAAAUAGUGAGUUUAACAAAGCCAAUGGAAAAAGUGAAAGUCCCCAUGCUUGUAAUGUGGAUGGGAAUGAUGAGGUGUCCAAAAGUGUUGCUUCUAAGAGAUGGUUGCAAUCUUUUUUGACUAAAGUUGAAAAUGUUGAAGAUAAUGGUAAGAUAUUGACCAGAUUUCCGGAAAAGUCAUCGUUACCUAGCUCUGCAAGAAUUGUUUCAUUUAGUUUAUUUGAUAGUAGUUCGCCAAUUUUGGAGUACCUUUCAAAAAAUGAUUCUGCAUCAGAUAAGGCAUGUGGUCAGGAAAGACUUUAUGAGUCGGAGAAUGAUAAAUCUCUAAAUUUAGACAUAACUUCAUCUGAUCCACAUUUCAAGUCUGAAACUCUGUCCAAUCUUUUUGGUGUUGGAAUGGAUAGUGUAUACAAAUGCUGCAGAGUGUUCUCAAGCAAUUCACAUUACUUCAUUGGAUUUGUUUUCACACAGGUUGAUCCGGUAAUUGUCAAUACUAGUGAUGAUAGUGGAAAAAGCAAGAAGAAUAAUGUACUGCUUAUUUCUAGAUUAGACGACGCGGGAAUUCAUUGGGUUUCCACAGUGAAGCCUGAUGAAAGUCCACAUAUCGGCUCAGUAGGACAAUGGACAGACUUCCACUUUUCCGAUAAACUUCUUGUUUGUCUUAAUGCUUGUGGGCUAAUUGUAUUUUAUGCAGCAAUGUCAGGUGAGUAUGUUGCACAUAUAGAUAUUUUAGAGACUUUAGGAAUCAACACUGGGUUGCAUUUGCAGAAGCAGGAAGCAGUUUCCACAGAUUAUGAUGAGCAUAUUAGUCAAGUUGAUGACAUUCGGAACAAAUCAGUUUUGCAACAUAUAGAUUAUUCUGGCAGUAGAGUUUUUAAAAAGUUGAUUGCUGCUUCACAUACCACCCUAGUAGCUGCUAUAGAUGAUUAUGGUGUAAUAUAUGUAAUUUCUGCUGGUGAAUAUCUACCGGACAAAUAUAAUACAAAUGCGAAACUACUUCCACAUAUUCAGCAUUUGGAACUUGGAAUAUUGGCUGGUUGGGAAGUUGGCGGUUCUCAUAUAGGCCACCAAAGAGAAUAUUCUGACAUACCUGAUUCGUGGAAUUCCAUCAUUCCAUCCAUGAUGAAAGGAAGAUCCUUCCUGGAUGAUUUUGGGGAACAAGUGCUUCAGAGAAACAAAGAGUUAUACCUCAAACAAGAAGGGACUGGAUACAGGUCAGAAGUAACUGAUCAGAAGUUUGAUGAGUCUCACAGAAAGGGACACCUUAUGCGCAAGAUCUUUGUUCCCAGUUAUAGAUUUAGUGAGGAUGAUAUCAUCUGUUUUUCUCCAUUGGGAAUUACUCAGCUUAUGAGACACCAAAAUUCACGUGAUCAGAGGGGUUCUCAAAUGGUUCAUAUCAAUAUGCAUGCAGAAUCAGCAGUAUGUGAUGACAGCUUUUUGAAUACCGGUUGUAAAAAGUUUUAUCUCCAUGAGAAAGAAGAAUACUUCAUCGGUGAGGCAGUGGGUUGCACAUUCCAGGGAUGCAUUUAUUUGGUUACGAUAAGUGGACUUUCGGUGGUGCUUCCCUCUAUUGCAGUUUCAUCAAAUUUUCUUCCUGUAGAAGUUAUUGGAUGUCGACAGUUGUGUCUCAAUUCAGGCAUUGGGUAUCAAGGGAAGGCUAUAAGGGGAGAUAAAGAAUCUAAACAGCCGUGGUCACCUUGGAAUGUUGAAAUUCUGGAUAGAGUUCUCCUAUAUGAAGGUGCUGAAGAAGCCGAUCGCUUAUGCUUGGAGAACGGUUGGGACCUGAAAAUAUCUCGGAUGCGUCGGCUGCAGUUGUCACUGGAUUACUUGAAAUUUGAUGAGAUAGAGCGAUCAUUAGAAAAGCUUGUGGGUGUCAAUUUGGCAGAAGAGGGUGUGCUUAGAUUGCUCUUUGCGGCUGUUUAUCUGAUGCUUCGUAAAGUUGGCAAUGAUAAUGAGGUUUCUGCUGCAUCAAGGCUUCUUGCAGUGGCCACUUCUUUUGCGACGAAAAUGAUUCGCAAGUAUUGGUUGCUAGAACAUAGGAAAAGGAAAGAUGCAUACGAAUCUGGUAGGACCCAACUUCUAUCUCUUCCACCAGUUUCACCGGUGAAGAUAGAAGAUGAAAUGGCAAAUUCAAGGAGGCUUCGUGAGAUGGCUCACUUUUUGGAGAUAAUUCGAAAUCUCCAAUCUCGACUUGGUUCAAAGUAUAAGAGGCCAGGCCAAGAACUGGUGGAUAGUGGGGAAGCAUCAAGAUUGGUUGAGACUGAUUUAUUGCAGAAUGAAUCGCAGUUAUCAAUUGUAUCUGUGGACGCUAUAUCUUUGGAGACAUCCAAACAGCAUGAAGUUUCUUUCCCUGUAUCGACAUCAGGCCUUAACUAUAAUGAGAAUCUUGCUUUAACACCUGUGGAUUCUAAAGUCCCUUUGGACCCAGAGGAUUUGAGUGAAGUGUCUGCUCUUGUGCCACGAGGAGGGCUCUUAGAGAAGAAAAUUUUUCCCUUAGAGAAUCCCAAGGAGAUGAUUGCUCGUUGGAAGAUAGAUAAUCUAGACCUUAGGGCAGUAGUCAGUGAUGCUUUACUCUCUGGUCGUCUGCCCUUAGCAGUUCUUCAACUACAUCUUCAUCGUUCAAGAGAUUCAUUUUCUGGAAAGGAGCCUCAUGAUACUUUCACUGAAGUCCGUGAUGUUGGUAGAGCUAUUGCUUAUGAUCUGUUUUUGAAGGGUGAGUCUGGACUUGCUGUGGCCACAUUGCAAAGGCUUGGAGAGGAUGUAGAAACCAGCCUUAAGCAGUUAUUAUUCGGCACUGUGAGAAGAUCUCUUCGUGUGAAAAUCACUGAGGAGAUGAAUAAAUAUGGUUACCUGGGAUCGUAUGAGUGGAAGAUAUUGGAUAGGAUAUCACUCAUUGAGAGGCUAUACCCCAGCAGUAGUUUCUGGAAAACGCUUCAUGGACGGCAGAAAGAAUUCACUCAAAUUCCAGCAAGUUCCAGUUUGCCCAAGAGAUAUUAUUUGCGCCUAUUGGAUUCAGCUCUAGUCAACAAUUUUACCAUCGAGUGUGAUGAAAUUGAUGGAGUUGUUUUUGGUUCAUGGACAAAUGUAAAUGAAAAUCCUUCUGGUCCUAUGGUUGAUGAAGAUAAUGCUUACGCUGGUUACUGGGCUGCUGCUGCUGUAUGGUUUAGUUUCUAUGAUCAAAGAAGCGUUGAUCGAAUCGUCUUGGACCAGUCAUCUUUCAUGGGCGUGAAUGUAUUGUGGGAAUCACAGCUUGAGUACCAUGUAUGCCACAAUGACUGGGAGGAAGUUUCUAGACUCCUGGACCUUAUUCCUGCACAUGUUCUUGUCGUUGGAAGCCUCCAAAUCAAUUUGGAUGGGCUACAGCCUGCUUCAACUUUUGAAUGCAAUAGAGGUUCUGACUACAGUGAUUACCUCUGCUAUGUUGAAGAACUGGAUGCUGUUUGCAUGGAUGUACCAGAGAUCAAAGUUUUCAGGUUUUCGUGUGAUGGUAUGUGCUCCAUAUGGUUAAAGAUGCUGAUGGAAGAAAAACUUGCAAGGAAACUAAUUUUCUCAAAGGAAUAUUGGGAAGGCACAGCAGAUAUACUUCCUCUUCUUGCUCGUUCUGGCUUCAUUACUAGCAAGUAUGAGAUCACUUCAGAGGAUGAUAAUAUUGAGGAUAAAUCAGUCCUGAAAUUUCCGGAUGGUGGUACCAUACAGGCUUUACAUAAACUACUUAUUCAUCAUUGCUCACAGUACAACUUGCCAAACCUUCUGGACCUUUACCUUGACCAGCACGAGUUGGUAACAGAUAGUAAUUCAGUUCGUUCACUUCUGGAAGCCGCAGGAGAUUGUGAAUGGGCACGAUGGUUGCUCCUCUCUAGAGUUAAAGGGUGUGAGUAUGAAGCAUCAUUUUCCAAUUCUCGCGCGAUGCUUUCACACAAUCUAGUUCCGGAUAGUAACCUCCAUGUUCAGGAGAUGGAUGAAAUAAUUCGUACUGUUGAUGACAUUGCAGAAGGAGGGGGAGAAUUGGCAGCUUUGGCAACCUUAAUGUAUGCCUCUGCCCCCUUUCAAAGUUGUCUAAGUAGUGGUAGUGUAAAGAGGCAUAGUAGUACAUCAGCCCAGUGCACACUGGAGAAUCUCAGGCCCACGCUUCAGCGUUUCCCUACACUAUGGCACACAUUUGUAUCAGCAUGUUUCGGGCAAGAUACAACUUCCAAUCUUGUGGGGCCUAAAGCAAAGAAUGGUUUAUCAGAUUAUUUAAGUUGGCGUGAUGACAUAUUCUUCUCUUCUGGACGUGAUACUUCACUUCUGCAAAUGCUUCCAUGCUGGUUUCCGAAGGCUGUGCGGAGGUUGAUUCAGCUUUAUGCUCAGGGUCCUCUUGGAUGGCAAUCAAUACCAGGUCUGCCUGUGGGAGAAAGUCUGCUGCACAGAGAUAUAGAUUUUGUUCUAAACACUGAUGACGAUGUAGAAAUCAGUGCCCUAUCCUGGGAAGCAACUAUCCAAAAACACAUUGAGGAGGAACUCUAUAGUUCUGCACUUGAGGGAAAUGCGCUUGGGCUUGAACACCAUUUACACCGUGGACGUGCUUUAGCUGCUUUUAAUCAUUUUCUUGGUUUGAGAGUUCAAAAAUUGAAAUCAGAAGGAAAAGGACAAAUACAAGCAAAUGUUCAAGCAGAUGUUCAGACACUUCUUGAACCUAUAACAGAAAGUGAAGAGUCUCUUCUUUCAUCAGUCAUGCCACUUGCAAUUAUGCAUUUUGAGGAUUCUGUGCUGGUUGCUUCGUGCGCUUUUCUCCUGGAGCUUUUUGGGUAUUCUGCCAGCAUGCUCCGAAUAGACAUUGCUGCUCUGAAACGGAUGUCUUAUUUUUACAAAUCAAGUGAAAAUACUGACAACUUAAGGAAAAUUUUGACAAAAGGGUCUGCAUUUCAUGCAGUUGGCCAUGAAAGUGAUAUAAUGGAGUCUCUCGCUCGAGCUCUAGCCGAUGAGUAUCUGCAGCAGGAUAGUGCCAGAAUGACUAAGCAAAAGGGUACUCCAAGUUUAGCUGUGGUUAAGCAACCUUCACGAGCUCUUAUGCUUUUCUUAGAAUUCUUGGAAAAGGCUAGCCUUCCUUCAAUGGUGGAUGGGAGAACAUGUGGGUCUUGGCUGUUGAGUGGUGAUGGUGAUGGAAUCGAGUUGAGAUCUCAACAGAAAGCUGCAAGCCAUCGCUGGAACUUAGUUACAAUUUUCUGCCAGAUGCACCACCUUCCCUUGAGCACUAGAUAUCUUUCUGUACUGGCAAGAGACAAUGAUUGGGUUGGGUUUUUGUCAGAAGCUCAGAUUGGAGGAUAUCCUUUCGACACAGUGGUCCAAGUGGCAUCAAAGGACUUUUGUGAUCCACGUCUUAAAAUUCAUAUUUCGACAGUUCUGAAAGCCAUGCAGUCAAGAAGAAAAGCUAGCUCUUCAACAACAGAAACUAUAGAGAAAAGGAGUGAAGCUUCCUUUACUGAUGAAAGCAUUUGUGUCCCAGUUGAACUUUUUAGAAUAUUAGCAGAAUGUGAAAAGCAGAAAAACCCUGGAGAGGCCAUUUUGAUGAAAGCAAAGGAGUUAUCUUGGUCAAUUUUGGCUAUGAUUGCAUCCUGCUUUUCAGACGUGUCUGCAAUAUCUUGCCUAACAGUCUGGCUGGAAAUCACUGCUGCAAGGGAAACUUCAUCUAUCAAGGUGAAUGAUAUUGCUUCCAGAAUUGCAAAUAAUGUUGGAGCAGCUGUGGAAGCUACUAAUGCUCUGCAAGCAGGAGGGAGUAAAUCCCUUACAUUUCAUUACAGUAGGCAGAAUGCAAAAAGGAGGCGGCUCCUGGAGCCCAACUUAGGAGAACCCUCAGCCACUACAAUGUCUGGAAUUCUGGGUUCACCUGUGGGUGUGAAAAUAUUUGACCAGGGAACUAUUUCUGAAGACGAAAGAAAUAUAGAACUUGGCGGAAAUAUGAUUCUCUCAACUGAUUCUGAUGAAGCGUCUGUUUCACUGUCGAAGAUGGUUUCAGUGCUUUGUGAGCAGCACCUGUUCCUGCCUUUGUUAAGAGCAUUUGAAAUGUUCCUUCCUUCAUGUUCUCUUGUACCUUUCAUACGUGCACUUCAGGCAUUUUCACAAAUGCGCCUUUCUGAAGCAUCAGCACACUUAGGUUCAUUUUCUGCCCGAAUCAAAGAAGAUUCAACUCGCUUACAGACAAAUGUAGGAAGAGAUAUGCACAUUGGUGCAUCAUGGAUAAGCUCUACGGCUAUUAAAGCUGCGGAUGCCAUGCUUUUGACUUGUCCAUCUCCUUAUGAAAAGAGAUGCUUACUAAAACUUCUUGCUGCCACUGAUUUUGGCGAUGGAGGUCCUGCAGCUACUUAUUAUCGGCGGCUUCAUUGGAAAAUUAAUCUAGCGGAGCCACUAUUACGCAAGGAUGAUAUUUUGCAACUGGGGGAUGAAACUCUAGAUGAUGGUGCACUUGCAACAGCAUUGGAAAGUAAUAGGCACUGGGAGCAAGCACGCAACUGGGCCAGACAGUUGGAGGCCAGUGCUGGAGUUUGGAAAUCUGCUGUUCAUCAUGUAACUGAAACUCAGGCUGAAUCUAUGGUAGCUGAGUGGAAGGAAUUUCUUUGGGAUGUCCCUGAGGAGAGAAUCGCCUUAUGGGGACAUUGCCAAACGCUGUUUAUCAGAUAUUCCUUCCCUGCUUUACAGGCUGGGCUAUUUUUCCUUAAGUAUGCAGAAGCUCUGGAAAAAGAUCUUCCAGCUAGGGAGCUUCAUGAGCUGUUGCUGCUUUCACUACAAUGGUUAAGCGGAAUGAUUACUCAGUCCAAUCCAGUUUAUCCACUUCAUCUGAUUCGGGAAAUCGAGACUAGAGUAUGGCUCUUGGCGGUAGAAUCAGAGGCACAGGGUAAGAGUGAAGGAGACUUCAAUCUAAGCAGUUCCAUCCGUGAUCCUAUUCACAAAAAUAGCUCCAGUAUUAUUGACAGAACAGCAAGUAUCAUAACAAAAAUGGACAAUCACAUCGGUACAUUUAAGAAUAGAACUGUAGAGAAACAUGAUGCAAGGGAAAAUAACCAGGCAUAUCACAGGAACCAAGUAUCAGAUGUUAGCUUUCCAACCACCACUGCAGGGAGUACAAAGACUAAGCGAAGGGCAAAAGGCUAUGUGCCAUUACGACGGCCAGUAGUGGACUCACCAGAAAAAAGCGCUGAUCCUGAUGAGGGUUCUAAUUCUCUUAAUGUUAGACAUGAAUUGCAGUCUCAGGAUGAAAACUUAAAAUCAGACAUGUCCUUUUCACGGUGGGAGGAAAGGGUUGGACCUGCAGAGCUGGAAAGGGCUGUUCUUUCUUUAUUAGAAUUUGGACAAAUAGCUGCUGCAAAGCAACUCCAGCAUAAGCUGUCUCCAGUAAAAGUACCAUCUGAAAUUUUACUUGUGGAUUCCGCACUGAAGCUUGCUGCUAUGUCAACUCCAAGUAAAACAGUAUCUUUAGCAAUGCUUGAUGAAGAAGUACGUUCGGUUAUUCAGUCCCACCAUAUUCCGACCCAGCAACAUGAAGUUGAUACACUGCAGGUUUUGGAGAAUCUAGCAACCAUUUUUACUGAAGGUUGCGGACGUGGACUAUGCAAGAGGAUAAUAGCAGUAAACAAAGCAGCAUGUAUGUUAGGUCUUCCAUUUCCGGAGGCAUUUGCCAAGCAGCCAAUUGAAUUACUACAGCUGCUUUCCCUUAAAGCACAAGAAUCAUUUGAGGAGGCACAUCUCCUUGUCAGUACUCAUUCAAUGCCCGCAGCCAGUAUUGCUCAGAUUCUUUCAGAAUCCUUUCUAAAGGGCUUAUUGGCAGCUCAUCGUGGGGGAUAUAUGGAUUCUCAAAAAGAAGAAGGACCUGCUCCCUUACUCUGGAGAUUUUCAGACUUCUUAAAGUGGGCAGAGCUUUGUCCUUCUGAACAAGAAAUUGGGCAUGCACUAAUGCGCUUGGUUAUUACUGGACAAGAAGUACCACAUGCUUGUGAGGUUGAGCUUCUAAUUUUGUCCCACCACUUCUACAAACUAUCAUCUUGCCUUGAUGGAGUUGAUGUUCUUGUAGCCCUUGCAGCUACUAGAGUAGAAGCUUAUGUGUCUGAGGGUGAUUUUUCAUGUUUGGCCCGUCUGAUAACUGGAGUAGGAAACUUCCACGCCCUGAAUUUCAUUCUUGGAAUUCUUAUUGAAAAUGGCCAACUGGAUCUCCUUCUUCAGAAGUAUUCAGCUGCCGCAGACACGAAUGCUGGCACUGCUGAGGCUGUCCGGGGAUUUCGGAUGGCUGUUCUGACAUCAUUGAAGCAUUUUAAUCCCAAUGACCUUGAUGCUUUUGCUAUGGUCUACAAUCACUUUGACAUGAAACAUGAAACGGCUGCUCUUUUGGAGUCACGAGCAGAGCAGUCAUCAGAGCAGUGGUUCAUUCGUUAUGACAAGGAUCAGAAUGAGGACCUUCUAGACUCCAUGCGUUAUUACAUUGAAGCUGCUGAAGUUCACAAAUCCAUUGAUGCUGGCAACAAAACACGCAGAGCAUGUGCUCAGGCCUCCCUCUUGUCUCUUCAGAUUCGGAUGCCAGAUUUCCACUGGCUGUACCGAUCCGAAACCAAUGCCAGGCGUGCCCUAGUGGAGCAGUCUCGUUUCCAAGAGGCCCUCAUUGUUGCUGAAGCCUAUGGUCUUAACCAGCCAAGUGAGUGGGCCUUGGUACUUUGGAACCAGAUGCUCAAACCAGAAGUUCUGGAAGACUUUGUGGCUGAAUUUGUGGCUGUUCUUCCUCUCCAGCCCUCGAUGCUCGUUGACCUAGCAAAGUUCUAUAGGGCUGAGGUGGCAGCGAGAGGGGACCAAUCCCAGUUUUCAGUUUGGUUAACUGGGGGAGGGUUGCCAGCGGAAUGGGCAAAAUAUCUGGGGAGGUCGUUUAGAUGCUUGUUGAAAAGGACUAGAGAUUUGAAGUUGCGGUUGCAGUUGGCUACUGUGGCAACUGGUUUUGGAGAUGUCAUUGAUGCAUGUACAAAGGCGUUAGAUAGGGUCCCUGAGAAUGUUGGACCUCUUGUCCUGCGGAAAGGCCACGGUGGUGCUUAUCUACCACUCAUGUGAGUUUGAUAUGAUGGUGAUGACGAUAAGAUCCUACAAGCGGGUUCUUCAAACGAAAAAGAGGGGGAAGGAGAAAAGUAGGAAAAGAAACGUAGGAAUGGGAAUAGAAACCAUACAGGACAUGUAAAUUUGAUAGAGUUUGUAAAUGUAGUUGACAGGUUUGAUAGAUCCUCAUUCUUUUUCCAGCUUCAUUCGAUAAGCCAAAAGCAGCGACCAGUUUUGACAAAGAAGCAAAGCAUGUAGAUCAGAUCAUUAGCUAAUUCUAGCCCAAAGUUGUGUAGUAUAUGAUUUUGUUC